AUGAACAUGAUUAAUUCUCUUUGUGGCAGCAUGGGCUCCAUCAAGAGUGAAAACUCCUGUGAGUCAAUUGCUGAGUCUAAGAAAACUACUCCUUCUGAUUUGGAGCAAAAUAGCUUAACCCCACCAAGCCUUAACUUCCCAGCCGUCAAAUUUGAGUUAGAUGGAGAUGUUGAGGUCCAGUCCCCAGAUAGUUCUCUGUGGGAAACUUUUUUCUCUGAUCAUUUUGAUUCUGACUUCAUGAUCUCAUCUCCAGUGAGGAACUUACCGUCUCCACUAAUAUCAAGCUAUAAUUUCAAUAAUGUUCAGGCAAUGCAAGGGCAGAGUCUUUCAGGGUGCUCUCCACCUCGAUUUUCAUCUCAGCUCGGGUCAUUUAGCAGCACCUACAAGGGUAAAGGGCAGAGCCCACUGCAUAGAGUCUUUAACUCACCUAACAAUCAGUUUAUGCAGGUUGAGAGCCUUUCACUGCCGGCUAUAGAACAAAUCUUGGAUGAUUAUCAAAAGGAUGGUUAUGGAGAGUACCCAACAACAAAGAUUUCAGCUAUUGGAACCUCAAAUAACAUGUUUGAAAUGUCAACUACUGCUCCAGGAAUGUUAGACUGCAUGUCAAUGCCGAAUUCUUCAAGGUUUUGUGGGUCUGCAAGUGAAACAUCAUCGUCAGCCGGAUGUUCUCAACUGACCCAGGAGCAACACUAUCAGGUAAACUCUGUCUCAAGAGCACCAUUAUCCCAACAACUACAACAAGAGCAUCAACAGGAGAAGCGACAAUUAGCAGCAGCACCACAACAACAGCAACAGCAGCACCAGAACCUUGGCCAUACCUUGAUGGUUCCUAUUCCUGUUGGCCCUGAGCAGGAGCAAGAUAGUGGCCUUCAAUUGGUUCACCUCCUCCUAGCAUGUGCUGAAGCAGUGGCCAAAGAGGAUUACCUGUUAGCAAGGAAAUAUAUACACCACCUGAAUCGAGUGGUAACUCCUCUUGGGGACUCCAUGCAAAGAGUUGCCUCUUGCUUCACUGAAGCCCUCAGUGCAAGGCUAGCGGCAAACAUAACCACCGAUCCCAGCACUUCCAGUGCUCCAAAACCAUACUCUCCUUUCCCAUCAAACUCCUUUGAAGUCCUCAAGAUUUACCAAAUUGUUUACCAAGCCUGUCCAUACAUAAAAUUUGCACAUUUCACUUCUAAUCAAGCCAUUUUUGAGGCCUUCGAAGCUGAAGAACGUGUUCAUGUCAUUGACCUAGAUAUCCUCCAAGGCUAUCAAUGGCCAGCUUUCAUGCAAGCUCUCGCUGCCCGACCUAGUGGAGCUCCUUUUCUCAGGAUAACAGGAGUUGGACCCAGCUUGGAAACCAUCAAAGAGACAGGCAGAUCCUUAACAGAACUAGCUUACUCUCUCCACAUCCCAUUUGAGUUCCACCCAAUUGGCGAGCAACUUGAAGAUAUAAAACCCCAUAUGUUCAACAGGCGAGUUGGUGAGGCUCUAGCCGUUAACGCUGUUAACAGGCUCCACCGAGUCCCUGGUAAUUGCCUGGGAAACCUACUGGCAAUGAUCCGUGAUCAAGCGCCUAACAUUGUAACCAUUGUUGAACAAGAAGCAAGCCAUAAUGGCCCUUACUUCUUAGGCCGUUUCCUUGAGGCAUUGCACUAUUAUUCAGCAAUAUUUGACUCAUUGGACGCCACUUUUCCUCCAGAUUCUGCUCAAAGAGCAAAAGUUGAGCAAUACAUAUUUGCACCAGAGAUAAGAAGCAUAGUGGCAUGUGAAGGGAGUGAGAGAAUAGAAAGGCACGAGAGGCUUGAGAAAUGGAGAAAAUUGAUGGAAGGAAAAGGGUUCAAAGGGGUGCCAUUAAGUGCAAAUGCAGUAACUCAAUCAAAGAUUUUGCUGGGUUUAUAUUCCUGUGAUGGGUAUCGAUUGACUGAAGAUAAAGGUUGCUUGCUUUUAGGGUGGCAAGACAGAGCAAUUGUUUCUGCUUCUGCAUGGCGGUGUUGAAUCAUCUUCUUCCUUCGCUGUUUUUCAUGUAUGUUUCUUUUUCAUCUUUCCAGGCUUUUGUUGUUAUUACAAUCUUGGACAUUGCUUUUCUCAACUUGAUACCAUGCAAAAACAUAAAUACAAAAUUUCAAGGUAAAUGCCAGGAAAGGUGAAAGUGAAGGAAAAAGACCUUACAAAAUUAGGAUUAGCUCAGUCUUAUAUUUUAUUCAUUGUAUAACGAACUUUUUCUGUUGAAUGAUGAGAAGAAAAUCAUUGUUUAAUAAUAGGGCACAGGGUCGAGAAAACGUUGCUGAUUUCCAUCCUAUAUGUCGUAAUCACUGGACCGUGUAGUGUUGGCUCAAGAUCGAUCGUAAGAUAAAAAGUUCUUUUUCUUACAGAGUUCGUCAGAUUUUUCUUGAAAGUGGAUGAUUUGGUGAAUGGUGAGACCCACUUGCAACAGCAACGAUCUCGUCUUCCAGGAUCCAAUUUGAUUAAUUCAUCUUGAAUUUUAUGGUGUAACUUCCUUUGAAUUAUAAAACAGAAAGGGAAUUUAUACAUUGUUAUAUGGUAAGCCUCUUAAUCUCUCGUUAAGGUAAUGAAAAGUCAGGCCUCAUCUUUUCUUCCAGUACUGCUGCUGUUUCAAAUGAAUUUAGUAAAGGCUAUACGCCCUCUUACUGUAUAAAUGUAUUUCUCUGUUCCAGCUGGUUGACUUUAUAUGGACAUACAUGGGCAGAGAACACAUUCACAUACAUAAACACACACAAACAUGUAUGCUCAUCCUAGAGAUGUGCUUAA